UCCUCAAUCCUAAUCCCCCCAAAAAACUCAAACCACAGCGAGAGAAGAAGCAGAGAAAUAACUAGAACGAUCAAAAUCAAAUACAUAUAUACAUCAAUCAAACGCCAAAAGGGUCUGUGUGUGUGAAUUUGUCAAUGGGGGAAGAAGGAGAGAAUAAUAAGGAGAAGAAGAGGGUGGUUGUGGAGUCGUUAGGAUGGCUAACGGAAUCCACAAUCAUGCCCAAAAAGCACCGACCAAUCGAGGGGGUGGGUGCUUCUUCCAUCCUUGAGCUUAAAGCCCAGUUAUACAAAUCUCAAGAAGAGUCCAAACGCCUUUCCAAAGAGACCGUCCACCCUUCUGCUGCUGACCCAAAUUAUUCGCAUUUGGAGAUCCACCGCGCCAAGAAGAAAAUCACCGCUAAGGACGCCUUUUCCUCUAAGAAUCAUGGGGUUGAUGCCCGAGAGGCCAAGGACAAGCUUGAGAUGAAAGCGAUCAAAGAUGGAUCAGUAAGCUAUGCUGCCUUAGAACGAAAGGCUAAGUUGUAUGAUAAGCUGGUGAAGGGUGAGCUUUCUGACGGGGAGGACGAAGAGAAGUACUGUGUUGAUUUCUUUCGGAAGGGCCAGGAGCAGGACUCUGAGCUGUCUCAACGGCACGAUACUUCUAGCACAGAACUAAGAGAUGAAGAUGGAGAUGAUGAUACCUCCCUACUGUCAGACACAAAAGCUGCAGGACUUGGCCGCCAAGCUGGCACAUUCGACAGAAGUGAACAUAAGCGUUUUGUAAUGGAAGUUCAUAAAGAAGCAAGUCAAGCAAGGGAAAAAGCAUCAGAACUCAAGCUCCGUAGGCAAGAACAAGUUGCAGCACGUCGAGAAAAACUAAAGCAGGCUUAUCUCCGCAAGCAGCUUGAGAAGUUGAAGGCUUCCAAGGCAGAGCAGACAUAGAUCAGAGUAGGUGUUUUUGAAGUUGGAAGUUUGAAUCACCAUUUCAUUUGAACGAGCCUGAGUUUGGUGAAUCGAAGAAGCAGCUUUGGCCACUUAAUGCGGGGGAUGCAUCUAGCACAUUGAAGUCGUGAACUUUCUUUCAAGUGGUUGAGUUCAAUUAUGAUCGAGAAUGCUCCAAUAUAGACUUGCUUCUGUAUCAUAUACAAAGGAUUCUUUGUAAUCUUAGUGGAAAAGAUCUUGACCGUCUCUUGUUUUUAAUUGACUAAAAAAAGAAAUUUCUUCAACACUGUUAUUACAGUCUGCUAGAGGCGGAUUCGAGAUUUAAACUCUAUGGGUAUUUUAGUAUUGAACUUAUCA